GACGUCAAUUUCUUUCAUCCUUUCACCCGCGUUCGCUCGAUUCAGCAACAACAAAUAGCGAACAAUACGCGUUUCGCUUGAACGCAGAACUCCUACCUGUCCAAAUCGCCAGGGGUUUAAUCCUGCGCUCUUAGUCAACCGGUGUGAUAGCAAGGGUCACCGAAGCCGAUGCUCGCAGAGUAGUUUACUCGGGCGUUAGGCCCGUGUUGCGGGCUACUGGGGGCAAGCCCGCACCAAAACGAUGGCGCUGCAGGGGAUGCGCAGCAACAUGACGCGAGGAGCCAUCGCGCUUGGGCUGCUCAUGAUAGCUCUGGGCGCAGCAAAAGGGGAAACGCGGCCAAACAUUAUUGUCAUCGUCACAGAUGACCAAGACUACAUGUUGAAUAGCACAAACAGGGAGUUCAUGCCGCAGCUGAACCGGCACCUGGCGGACUCGGGUCUGCAGCUGCGCAACUUCCUCAUCUCCACCGCCGCCUGCUGCCCCAGCCGCUCCAUCCUCAUGACGGGCCGCUACACACACAACAACAACGUCACCUCAAACAUCGAGCCACACGGAAGCUUCUGGAAGUUCAUGUCUCAGGACUUGGAUGCUGACUACCUGCCGGUGUGGCUGCAGCGGGCGGGGUACCGCACCAUGCACGUGGGCAAGUUCCUCAACGCCAUGGACCCCACCGACUCCAGAUUCAGGUGCCCCCGCGGCUGGAGCACGUGGGACGCGCUGGUGGAGCCGUACGUGUACAUGUACUACACACCCGCAUUCAGCCUCAACUGCGGGCCCACGCAGGUCCUGGAGAACCAGUACAGCACGGACGUCAUCUCGGACAAGGUGGACGCCCACAUCCGCCAGGCUGUAGCAGCCUCGGCCGCCGCCGCCUCACCCGCUGCUGACGGCAGUAGCGGCAGUAGCACCGGCGGCAGUAGCAGCGGCAGCGGCCAGCCCUUCUACCUGCAGAUCACGCCCAUCGCGCCGCACACGCAGUGCGACUAUAUUAACGCACGCGGCACGUGUGUGUUUCCCAUCCCUGCCGAACGCCACCGCACGCUCUUCAGCCACGCGGUGCUGCCCAUGAACCCCAACUUCAAUGUGGCGCCGCCGGCGGAGCUGGGGCUUGUGAAUGAGAUGACCAGUGACACGGGCGUGCAGAAGCAUUUCCUGGCGCGCAUUAGAGCGCUGGCGGCCGUGGACGAGAUGAUUGGGCGCAUGGUCAACACACUCACGGAGCUUGGCGUGCUCGACAACACCUACAUCUUGUACACCUCGGACAACGGCUUCCAGCUUGGCAACCACGCGCAGAAGCAGGGGAAGCAGUUCCACUGGGAGGAAAUCACACGCGUGCCCUUCUACAUGCGAGGCCCCGGCAUCCCGCCCGGCCUGGUCACGGACUGGCAAGGCAACAUGGUUGACAUCCCCGCAACCGUCAUGGCACUCACCGGCGCCGGCGUGCCAAGCCUGGCAGACGGCUCCCCCAUCCCCCUGCCCGACAUCCUGCCCAACGGCUUCCCACGCCCGUACAACACGGCUCCGCCGGCGGCUGCGCCGCCGCCCUCGCCGCCUGCGGCGACGGCGGCUGGCGCCGCCGGCCGCCGGCUUCUGCGGACAGCUGGCGGCGGCGCUGGGCUGGGCGCGGGGACUUUGACGUAUGUGGAGAGCGGGUUUGAGGGACCGGACCUGCUGGUUGGCGAGGUGGUGGAGGUGGCCGGGGAGGCGGCAGAGGCGGCGCUGGGUGGCGGAGGCGGCGGCGGCAGCGGUGGUCUGCGGCGGCUGGCGCAGGCGGCGCCCACUGGCUUCAACCGCGGCAUGCGCGACUCCAUGCCCAUCGAGAUGUGGGGUCACGCCUGGGACCGGCGCAUCACCCUGAAGGACUACCGAGCCAUCCGCAUCUGCACCUCCCACCUGGCCUUCGGCGCCGGGCAGGACUACAUCAGGGCGCUACCCAACGCAACACUGGGUUGGGGGGACACUUUCUUCGGCACCGCCGCCCGCGCCUAUGCCGGCCCAGGCCUCAACGGCGGCAUCAGCUCCUACGCCUUCGUGCCGCCGCCAGACGACGGCACGCCCUCAGAUGAGAUCCUGCCCGCCCGCCGCCGCAGCGCACAGCAGCAGGACGGGACGCAGGGGCCUUGGGAGGAGGUGGAUGGGAAGGUGGAGCAGUCGGAGGAAGAGGAGGCGGCUCGACUGGCUCGCGAGCACGAGAUUGAGUUACACGUCAAGGGGAUUAUCGAGUCCGUGCGUCAGCGCCUUCGCGCCGAUGCCAGUAGUGGCAGUGGCACCAGUGGCAGUAGCACCGGUAUUGCCGGCGCGGCGGCGCUGGCGCCGCAGGCGCACCGGCUGCACUUGGCGUUCAGCUACAGCCAGCCGGUAGACGCGCAGGCGUGGCAGGAGCACCUGGAGGCCACGUGUGUGUACGUGUCAGCCGCCACCGGCGCCGCCGCCUGCACGCCGCAGCACGGCGGCAGUAGCAGCAGUAGCAGUGGCGGCGGGCAGCAGGCGGCAGUCGGCGGCGGCGGCGGCGGCAGUAGCAGCUACCUGGCGUCGGACGGGCUGAGCUCGGUGCUGGAGCUGGACCUGCUACAGCCGGCGGUGGGGCUGCCGGCGGCCGACUUUGCGUCGGCAGUAGCUGACGUGGCGGCUAGGCCGCUCGAGUUCCUGCCCCUGCCGUACCGGACGCACAACCGCGUUGUGUCCAUUAGCAGCAGCAGUAGCAGUAGCAGUAGCAGUAGCAGUGGUAGUAGCAGCGUGGAGUCUGGGGCUGUUUCGGCUGCUGCGGCAACCAUGGGUCAGCACCGGCGGGUGCUGUUGGAGGCGGACGCGCCGUCGCCUCCGUCACCUGCUGCUGCAAGUGCGCCAAUCGGCGACGCGGCACGGCCUCCACCGCAGCCCACACCGUCACCCUCACCAUCACCCUCACCAUCACCUUCGCCAGCACAAUCUCCCUCGCCGUCACCUUCGCCAGCGCAAUCUCCCUCGCCAUUUCCUUCGCCAGCACAAUCUCCCUCGCCGUUGCCGUCGCCGUCGCCAGUGCCAGUGCCAGCGCCAGCGCCAGUGCCCUCCCCGGCAGUGGUCUUGCAGCCGCCAGAGCCGCCCCCCACCCCUGUGUCAGAGCCGCCCCCCACCCCUGUGUCAGAGCCGCCCCCCACCCCUGUGUCAGAGCCGCCCCCCACCCCUGUGUCAGAGCCGUCGCCGCUGCCGCCGCCGCCGCCGCAGUCGGUCGAUCUGCAGCCGCCACUGCCCGUGUAUGCGCCGCCCGUGGCUUCGCCGCGGCCGCCCUCUCCGCGACCACCUCCCAGGCCGUCGCCACCCCCCCGGCCGCCUCCGAGGCCGUCGCCACCGCCGCAGCCGCCUCGUCCUCCGUCGCCUGCGCCGCCGCAGCCGCCUGCGCCGCCGCCCUCUCCGCCGUUGGUCCGGCAGCUGCUGCUGACCCUCACCUACAAGUCGCCAAUGAGCCCCACCAGGUAUCCCACGCAGCAGGACUCGACGUGCCUGUUCCUCAAGACCGCCCUGUUCGCCGCCUCCUGCACGCCCGCGUCCUCCGCCGGCCCCGGCGGCGCCUGGCUGGCCGAUGACGGCUUGGCGGCGCUGUUCAGUGUAGUGCUGGUGCAGGGCACCGGCACCACCGGACCCGAGUUCGAGAGCCUGGUGCUUGAGCUUCAGACCCGCACGGAGACCUUCCUGGGACCCUCCUACCGCCAACUGUACGACAUUGACACACUGGUGAUUAGCUGGCCUUCGCCGCCGCCGCCACCGCCGCCGCCGCCGCCCACCCCGCCCUCGCCGCCGCUGCCGGUGGCGCUGCGGACGGAGGUGCUGCCCGUGGGACUGCUGUUCUACCAGUCCGUGCUGGAGCAGGUGUACGUGGACCCGGCCGCCUACCUGCGCCUCAUCAGCCCCAUCGCCUGCGCCGCCGUGCGCAAGGUGGCGAGCCAGGCUGUGCCGGCCCCGGUGCAGGUGGUGGAGUGCGGCGGCGUGUCUAUGGAGCUGGGGGGAGACCCCAAGUUUGCGGUGUUUGGCGUUGUGGCCCCGGAUCUGCCUGACCUUCCCGCCCUGAGGGCCGUGCUGGAAGUGAUCCGCUCAGACCCCCUGCCGUACUUCGCCAACAGCCUGCCGGUGCUGGGCCUAGUGGCAGUGCUGCCAGCAGUCAUGCCGCCGCCCUCCCCGCCGCUGCCGCCCUCACCCCCGCCCUCGCCGCCUUCGCCCCGGCCGCCCUCGCCGCCUCCGUCUCCGCCCUCGCCCCCCUCCCCCGCGCCCCCGCUGCCGCCCUCCCCUCCACCCCUGCCGCCUUCCCCACAGCCCGGCACGCCUCCCUCCCCCGCUCCUCCCGGCCUGCCUCAGCCGCCUUCGCCAUCCCCGCCCCCCAGCCCCAGCCCCGAGCAGCCCUCGCCGCCGCCCCCCUCCCCCUCGCCCCCGCCGUACGCCGCCGUCGCCCGGCCGCCGCCGCGCCCGCCACGGCCGCCGUUCUGGUGGCGGCCCUCGCCGCCAUACCCCCACUCGCCGCCGCUGCCGCCACGCCCCGCCGGCGAGUUCGUAGACUCCCCCGCGCCGCCGCCGUACGCCUCCUCCCCCGCGCUACAGCCGCCCCCUGGCUACAGCCCCACGCAGCCGCCGCCGUACUUCUCGCCCUCCCCCAGCGUGCCGUACGGCAGCUACAGCCCGCCCAGCCCCAGCCCCGCCGCACCGUACGGCAGCUACAGCCCACCCAGCCCGGGCCCUGCCGUACCGUACGGCGGUUGGUCGCCCCCGCCGUGGCCCAGCCCUGAGCCAGCCUCCUACCCGCCGCCGUCGCCGCCGUACCCUCCCUCACCACAGCCGUCACCACCCUCGCCACCGCAACCGCCCUCGCCGCGGCCCUCGCCUCCUCACCCGCCGUCGCCACGCCCCUCACCUCCGCCGCGGCCGUCGCCGCCGCCUGCGCCCUCGCCGCCGCCGCCAGUGCCCAUGCCGCCUGCUCCUCCCGCCAUAAUCGAGGUCGUGCUGACAUUCACCUACAACUUGCCCAUGGACUCCACGCGCUGGUACACGCAGCAGGACUCGACCUGCCUGUUCCUGCAGAUCGCAGUGGCGGCUGGCUCCUGCGCUCCGCGGCCCGUGGCGCUGGCGGCAGACGGGCUGGCGAGCUCCUUCGGUGUGGCGCUGGUGCAGGGGCCCUUCAUUGAGCGACAGCUGUUCCAGCUGCUGGGUCAGCAGCUGGUGAACGAGCCAGGCAGCUUCCUGGGAUUCUCCUACCGGCAGCUGUACGAGAUCGACACGCUUGGGAUCAGCUGGCCCUCUCCGCCGCCGCCCUCGCCACCCGAGCCCUGGGCGCCCAAGCCCCCCUCGCCACCGCCCAGUCCCCCGAGCCCGCCGAAGCCCCCGGGCCCGCCGCCGAGUCCUCCGGUGCCGCCGCCUGUCCCGCCGUCGCCGCCCAGCCCGCCGCCGAGCCCCCCGCCUCCGCCGCCUCCGCGGCCGCCCCGGCUGCCGCCCAGCCCCUCACCGCCCACGCCGCCCUCCCCCCCUCCCCCUGGGCCCCCUCCACCAUCGCCCCCGCCGCCCGGACCUCCGCCUCCCUCCCCGCCUCCGCCUGCACCGCCGCCUCCCUCUCCCCCGCCACCCAAUCCUCCGCCUCCCUCGCCACCGCCUCCCUCACCGCCCUCUCCGCCGCCGCCCCGCCCGCCCGAACGCCGCGGCACGCUCGGCACUUGCUACAAAUACGUGGUCUGGUGCAUGAGCAACUUCCGUGAGCUGUACGAUCUCGUACUGGAUCCGUACGAGCUCAACAACCGUAUCUCAACCGCUCCAGUCGCGCUCAUUGACCGGCUGGAUGCGCUGAUGACCGCCGCCGGCUACUGCCGCGGAGGCGGCGGCUGUAGCAACCCCUACGCCGUACUCCAUCCGGACGGAUCCGUGACUUCGUUUGAGCAGGCGAUGGAUCCAAAGUACGACGAUCUGUACUCCAAGCUGCGCAAGUUCCAGUUCCAGCGCUGCUCGCUGUCGUACACGCCCAACAACGAGGUCAGCUGGUACACACCCCUGCUGAAGUCGCCGCCACCAGCGAAGAAGAAGCAGUAGCUUAUUAGCCCCAAGAUGCUGCGUUUGGCCUCAUGCGUCGCUUUCCUCAUGUGGCGAUUGUGACACGUCAUUAGUUAUGGGGUCGCGCUCGUGUCAAUGGAUAGGAUGGCCAACCACUGAUGGGAGGCCGAGUUUGGUCCCGGCGAUUCAGGGAUGAUGAACGGAAGAUUGCGUUGGUUACAAGAGGGACUUGCUGACGCGAGUCGCGAGCGAUAUCUGCUCUGGACCUCAGGGACGUGCCACCUGCAACGCCGACGGGUGGCACGUCCCUGAGGAAGCAUGAGUAAUGGGCCUUUCUGUGCUGGCUCACACCAGCGCGCGCGUUAAAGUAUCUGCCUGUUGUUGCCUGAGUUGCAUGUUGUUCAUGCCGAGUAAGCCUGACUGGCUUUGGGGGCUGAGCCCCCGAGCGAAUUAAUCCAGGGGGCGGCGAAGUCCCCCAGGAUCACCCAUGUCCGUGGCUACGUGCGUGCGUGCGUGCGUGCUUGCCUGUGUUUGCAUGAAGUAUCAUACUGGCGCAAACCGCGAUUGCCACGUAUUGAUUCUUGCUACUGAUAGGGAGAGCCACCCUGCCACCGUUCUUGUCAGUCGCCAUCUCUAACAGCACGGUGCUUUCACCGGGGUUGUUACACAUGCCUAGAUCGGGGUCGGAAAGCUGCAGCCUGCAGGUGCUACAGCCUGCGCGAGGCGAAAGCGUGCAUGCGCGGUACCUGCGCCAUGCUUGUAUGCAGCUAGUGUUAGUAGUUGUGUUUCGCUAGCGUAGCAUGCCUGUGGAUGCUGAUUGCGGUGCAUCAGGGUGCAUGGCCGGGUGAAGGCAUCCGUGCACAUUCAGCGUUGCGAUUUUUGUGCAGGCGAAACAGAUAGUUGCGUGUCGAGUAGCUGCAUAUGCUGCGUGUGAAUGCCUUAGGUGCUUUUCCGUUCAGAUGCGUACGAGCGUUGAGUGCUUUAGCCAUGUUCUGCUCACGGAUUCGUUGCGGCGGGAUAUGCAUGCUGCAGCUUAGCCGGGCUGGGCUUGUAGGCCAGGCGCGCCUCGUGGUACAUCGGGGGGGCGCAGGUCAGGCCGAGCCUUCCUUCUCUUCCACGUCAAAAAGGUCGGAUUAUCCUUGUGCGUGCGUGUGUGCGGGCCUCAAGGGGAUAUGCAAAAGAUGUGGUGCAAGGGACGUCGCGAGCUGCAGUUUUGUUGCUUCUGACAUCAUUGCAGUGGCUGAGUUGCACACGUUGCGAAUGCCGGAGCAGCCAGCGUUCGGAAGAGAGCGGGACACACACACUCCAGUCACUGGUACGAGGCACAAUCUGCCCGUUGUGUUACAGAGUCAGAAGACAAGGAAGCCCACUGUGCGUGUGGCGGGCACAUCCCUGCUGAGCUCGCGCGGACUGGCACGCGGCCACGCAGGUGAUGUAAGAGGAUGUGUCU